AUGAUGCGCGGACUUCUUACUGGCGUGCGCUCCGCCGUUCGUGCGGGCGCCGUCCCAAUGCGUGCUCGUUCCGCCCCGAUCGCCACCCUCCGGACCUCGGCUCCGGUCCAGGCCGCCAUGGAUCCAGCUGAGGUCUCCUCCAUCAUCGAGGAUCGCAUUAUCAACUAUCAGCAGAAGAUCGAUCUCGAUGAGGUCGGUCGUGUCCUCUCUAUUGGUGACGGUAUCGCGCGUGUCUAUGGCCUCAACAAUUGCAAGGCAGGAGAAAUGGUUGAGUUCGAGUCGGGUCUCAAGGGAAUGGCUCUCAACCUCGAAGUCGGAAACUGUGGUAUUGUCGUCUUUGGAAACGAUCGUGAAAUCGCGGAAGGCCAGACUUGCAAGCGUACUGGUGCCAUUGUCGAUGUUCCCGUCGGUAGUGGAAUGCUUGGCCGAGUCGUCGAUGCCCUUGGCAACCCGAUCGAUGGUAAGGGCCCCAUCCAGAACGUCACUCGCGAGCGUGUUGAGGUGAAGGCCCCAGGUAUCAUGCCCCGUAUGGGUGUGCAUGAGCCUAUGCAGACCGGGCUCAAGGCCGUUGAUGCCCUCGUCCCUAUUGGUCGUGGCCAGCGUGAGCUCAUCAUCGGUGAUCGUCAGACUGGUAAGACUGCCGUCGCGCUUGACACAAUUCUCAACCAAAAGGUGAAUUUUGAUAGCGGUGAUGUCGAGAAGCAGCUAUACUGCGUUUAUGUUGCCAUCGGCCAAAAGCGGUCAACUGUUGCUCAGCUUGCCAAGACUCUUGAAGAAGCUGGCGCUCUCAAGUAUUCGAUCAUUGUUGCUGCCACUGCUUCUGAUGCAGCUCCGCUGCAGUUCCUCGCACCCUACGCUGGCUGCGCCAUUGGUGAGUAUUUCCGCGACAAUGGCAAGCACGCCCUCAUCGUCUAUGACGAUCUCUCCAAGCAGGCUGUCGCCUACCGUCAGAUGUCUCUUCUUCUUCGUCGUCCUCCUGGUCGUGAAGCCUACCCCGGAGAUAUUUUCUACCUGCAUUCCCGUCUGCUUGAACGUGCCGCUAAGAUGAACAAGGAGGUUGGCGGAGGAUCCCUGACUGCGCUCCCCAUCAUUGAGACGCAGGCUGGUGAUGUGUCCGCUUACGUGCCGACCAACGUUAUUUCUAUCACUGAUGGACAGGUUUUCUUGGAGACUGAGCUGUUCUACAAGGGACAACGUCCAGCUAUUAAUGUCGGUUUGUCCGUGUCUCGUGUCGGGUCUGCUGCUCAGAUGAAGGCGAUGAAGCAAGUGGCUGGUUCCAUGAAGUUGGAGCUGGCCCAGCAUCGGGAGGUUGCUGCGUUCGCUCAGUUCGGUUCUGAUCUUGAUGCAUCAACACAGCAAAUGCUUAACAGAGGUGAUCGCCUCAAUGAGUUGCUCAAGCAGGAUCAGUUUGUUCCGAUGCCACCAGAGGAGCAGGUUGUGACUUUGUAUGCAGGUGUUCGAGGAUUCCUUGACAAGAUGCCGGUUGGAAAGAUCAAGGAAUUCGAGACUUCAUACCUCAAGUACAUGCGUGCAAACCAUAACGAUUUGUUGGAGACUAUCAGGAAGGAGGGAAGUGUGUCAGACAAGACGGAUGGCUCUCUGAAGAACGCACUUACGACCUUUUUGGAGACUUUCAACGUGUAACGGGCUGGGUGUGGAGCGCUUGUCUGCAGAAUAGCCGGCUAUGCGACGCUGCCCCGUAGUUUGAGUAGCGGUUUUUUCUUCUAGGGUUUAGGGGCUGGCGGUUGUGCUCAGAUUAAUCUGCCUAUGAAAGUGGAGAGCUAUUUGGUAAACCAGUUGUUUUUGUCCCCGAGUUUGCGUUCACGCAUGAGAUAGCGCGAAGGUUACGGGAUCUUGAAAA